UGCAUUCAAUAAACUUUCAGAUAUCAGUAUCUUUUGAUUUCAGUUCGAAGCUUCCACGUCCACCUCGAUACUUGAAGGCUGUGCAUAAAAUAAUUGUUCUUCUCAGGUCCAUGUUCCCUGUACUAGGCUGUAGUUCGAAUCGAUCUAAGAAACUCGAUAUCGAAGACACGAGUGUUUGAAAUUUGUAGAGAGAUAAUUAUUUUGGUUGUUCCAAUUGACGAAGAAAGUGGAGAGAACCUUCAGAAGAGCUUGCACAGUUGGUGUGUUUUUCUGGGCGCAGAGGAUCAGUGCCAGUCGCAAUGGGUGUUUCUGCGUCCACCGCGGGCGAUGCGCCGUUCGCUGGCGGAAGUGAGGCGUUUCACGUGCUGCGUGUUCAGGAGGGCUCUCCGGGAGCCAAGGCUGGUCUGCAAGCGUACUUUGACUACAUCGUCAGCGUGGAGCAGACGCGCCUGAGCCAGGACGACGACGCGCUGCGGAAGGCGAUGGCGGCGUACGAGGAUCGGCCGGUGCGCCUGACCGUCUACAGCAGCAAGGCGCGCGCGUGCCGCUUCGCCACGGUCACGCCGAACAGCGUGUGGGGCGGCCAGGGCCUCCUGGGCGUCAGCGUUCGCUUCUGCUCGUUCGGCGGCGCGCAUGAGCGCGUGUGGCACGUGCUGGACGCGCAGCCGAGCUCCCCGGCCGCGCUCGCCGGCCUGCAGAGCGACAGCGAUUACAUCGUCGGCGCGGAACGCGUCCUGCACGAGGAGAGCGACUUCUACAACCUGGUGGAGAGCUGUGACGGGCGCGCCAUGAAGCUGUACGUCUACAGCAGCGUGACGGACUCGUGCCGCGAGGUGCAGCUCAGCCCCAACUCGAACUGGGGUGGCGACGGCCUGCUGGGCUGCCGCAUCGGCUACGGGUACCUACAUCGCAUUCCCGACCCGGGCCCCGCGGCGGUGCUGCCAGUGCCCGCACAACAGCGCGUCGUUCGCACGCCGAGUCAGACGCGCCACUACCCGGCGGCCACCACGGUGGACAGUCGCGGCUUCGUCGAGGUGCCGCUGGAUUCGCCGCAGGUGUCGUCGUUACCGCCGCCAGUGCACGGGCAAGCAGCUCAAUUGUCGCUCACAACAGCACAACAGCAACAACAACAUCAGACCAUGCCUAGUACUGCAUUGUCCAAUGGCGAUAUGCGUGGUCCUCAUGCAGUGCACAACAAUGCUGCUGCUGGCAAUGUCAGUGGAAGCUCGCGCUCUUCUGCAUCCAGUACUGCGGAUGCCGGGCACCACUCCCACGACGAGCCAGCCAUACCGGGACGGUACCAGGUUGCACAGCUUCAUAACAACACCCACCCCCACCACCAACAGCAGCAAGUACAUACACAACAUCAGCCGCCGCAUGCAUCACUGCCAGUAGAGCAACCUCACGUCCCGCAAGCGCAGCACCAAUCUCUUGCCCAGCAGCAGCAGAAUCAACUCCACCUUGCUCAGCAGCAGCAGCAGCAUUAUCAGCAACUUCAGCAGCAGCAGCAGCAACAGCAUGUUGCGAGUGGACAGUUUGCUCCGCAGUCACUACCGCACGCCGUACCGCUCGCUCACGAUCACGGCACGCAUCAUGGCACUGCUCACACACCGGCUGUUGGAUCAUCAGCUCCGACAACGGCAACUAUCCCUUCCACUUCACCACUACCAGCACAGCAAAUAACUGCCACUCCUGCUGUGUCUGCUCCUGCGGUCACGUCGUCGCCAGCUAGUGCUGCAGUGAUGGCUAUUUGAGUGUGAUUGCCGGUGUGUUCUAGGAACGGUUUCUGCCAGAUCAUCAAACUCUGUGAGUGCUGCUUGCUCGCCAUCGUGUGUGUGUGUUGCCUGCAAGGGACGGCGUCGUUUGCACGGCUUCAGCGCCCGCAGUGCACGUGCUAGUCGGUAUGUGUGUGCGUGUGUGUGUGUGUGUGUGUGUGUGUGUGUGUGUGUGUGGGCACGCGUGUAUGUCUGCGUGUGUGUCUGCAUGGUCUUAUGUGUUGGCCAGACUAUCCAUUUGCGGGCGAUGCACACGAGUUGAGCUGUCGCAGCGUGCGGCUUUGUAUGCGUUGCUCGCUUUGCUUGUGCGCUGACUUGACUUUGAGCUCUGGUUGUGCCCGUGUCGCUGAUAUGGCCCUACAGUACCUUCUGUUGAUAGCAACUCAAAAGAGUUUGCUAUCCCUCUCUCUGAGCGGGCAUACUGCGUGUGUGACGCUGAGCAAGCCGCCUUCACUCUAGGUGGACUGUUCAGAUUAGCAGAACGCUGAGCUAGUGCAACGCCCCAUGACACCGUGUGUGUGUUCAUUCUCGCGAAAGUUCAUCGCUGGGGGCAAGAAACGAUUUGAGCUCGCUGUGCUUUCCGUGCCUGCGGGUGUUAACAGGCCGGCUGUACACGACGGAGGAUUGCUGCACGCGAGCUGGCAUGCAUUGUUGCACUGCACCAGGCUUAUCAGUCCUCAACGAUCACAUAGUAGUGGUCGUGUUGCGGCUACUGAUAAGGCGGUCUGUCUUUCUGUCAGGCCGGGGGAUCGCUACGCGCAAGCUGGCAUGCACCGUUGCACCGCAGUGGGGUUAUUAUUAUAUCUGCGCCCAGUGUGUUGGACGUGUUGCUGCAACUGACGAGGCAGUUUGUCAUUCUGUUGGCGUGCUCUCUCGUGGCUGCUACUGUAUAUAGUGGAGUGUACGCCAACCUGCCUUGUUUCCUUCUGGAACUUUAUCACCAAGAGCAUAGCCUAUUAAACACUUCUGAUUAUUUGAUUAGUGGACCGUUGCGUUAUAUUGGUUUUUCCGCAACACGCGUUGAAGUGUACGCAGUGGUGCCAGGCUAUCAACUUGGCCGGGCUAGCUCCUCGCCAGCCUUUCUCUUGUCGUUCCCUCAUGUGUGUGUGUGUGUGUGUGUGUGUGUGCGUGUGUGUGCGCGUGUGUGUGUGUGUGUGCAUGUGUGUUGAUGCUUCGAUCGCUGCGGCUGCAUUGGACUUUAGAUGUAGCACACUUAUGUGUUGAGUAUAUUUUUAACCUUACCCAUUGUAUAUAUAUUUGCACGUUGGCAUAUCGUAAUUUUACUGCUUGAGAGUGCACGGCUCACAUAAUUGCAUUCCAUGUUAUAUUUAUGGUGUAUCUGUCCAAAUUUUAUUCUGUAUUCUUGCAUCCGAAUGUAGCCUGGCUCCGUCUCUGAUCAAUCUCGAACACUUUUAUCCGGUUUCUGCUGUUCAUGUCUUGCGUUGGUGAACUGAUGACACGCGUGUCUGUCGA